AUGGGCAUAGGCCGCUUGGCCACUGUGCCCAACUGCAUACGCUUCGUCCGCCGCACGGACCGAGACCAGCUCCUCAUCUACGCCGACGGUGCCUGCAUCAACAACGGGCAGGCAAACCCCAAGGCCGGCUGGGCGUUCGUCUACAAGCCCGGCGUGGACAACCACCCCAUUUCGGUGGGCGCACGUCUCGAGAGCAAGGGCCCGUUCGGCGACGCGGCCCAGCAGACCAGCAACCGCGCGGAGCUGCGAGCCGUCCUGGCCGCCCUCCGGUUCCGCGUCUGGAGCGGCGAGGGCUUCACCAAGCUGGUGCUGGCGACCGACUCUGAAUACGCGGCCGAGGGCGCCACCUCGUGGGCGCGAGGCUGGAUGCGCAACGGCUGGAAGACGCGCGUCGGGGUCGAGGUCAAGAACAGGGACCUUUGGGAGGCCCUCUUGGGCGAGAUUGAGAAGUUGGACGGCGCGGGCGUCGAGGUUCAGUUCUGGAGGAUUCCGCGCGCCAUGAACCGGGCGGCCGACUGUGCUGCCAAAGAGGCCGCGCAACAGGCCGAGGUGCUUUCUUUCCAGGACGUGACGGGGGUCGCAACGUAG